GGGCCUCCUGUGGCUACUUUACAGCGCGAAAGACCCGGUGACGAGGUGAACUCGCGGUGUUUGUGUUUUUCUUUGGAAAUGCUCCGUUUUCUUCGUUUAAAAAUAUGUAGACGAUCUGGAAAAUUGCUGCUAAUUCCUAUUGCUCUUUUUGCUUUGCUCGGUUUCUUUUCAUUCGAUAAUUUACUGGAAAAGUCUGCGACAAAAACAAGAGAUGAUUCCAGGAUUCUUGAACACCUUAUUCAGCGUCUGGAUAAACUUGAAAGAUCUCUUUCUGAAUUGAAAUCAUCAAAACAAGAAAWUGGCAAAACUAAUCACAGUCAAGAAGGUGACAUUAGUCAAAGAAAAGAGUGUGCUAUCCCUUUAAACUGGAGGUUUCCAUUUUGUAAAGAAAAAGUUUUGUGGAUGCGAGAAAUGUGGAAGUUGCAACCAGAUUGCUAUGUCAACAAGCAUUUAAUCAAUACAGCUGAUGAUUGCACAAUAUUAAGAUUUUUUAGUGAGGCAGAAGCAUGGUGUCCRUUGCUGCCAGGAAGAGAAAAACCUGAUCCACUGCUAUCAAGACCAAAGGCUUACYUUCGUACAAAUAAAAAAGGCCUUAUAGAAUUACUAGAUGCUGAGUAUUAUGCCUGGAUAAAAGGYCGUAUUAACCACUAUUGGCCCCACUGGGUUGAGGGAUUACAACAACUGAAGAACCAGAAAUCAAAUCUGGAUAACAGACCUUCACGAAAGAUUCUUAUAUUUAUGGGAUCAUUUGCCUUUGAGCCUGAGUUCUUUCAUAUGGCAUUCAAAGGUGGCCCGCUUGGUGAACUUGUUCAGUGGACUGACACUAUAGUAGCUUUGUAUAUGUUUGGACACAAUAUUACUAUAAGCUCUAAAAGGGAAGAUUUGAAAAGGUUGCUCAAUGUACCCAAAGAAGAACAAUGUGCAAGUAAAGCUAGGAAUGAUGACUUUGACACAAUUUAUACUGACUAUAAUGGUAUGAAGUUUAUAGCAAUGACUGUUGGACCAAACCAUUCUCAAUACAGGUGUAAAUUACGAAUACUUGAUUCMUUUGGAACUGAGGCAGAGUUUAACUUUGCAGAAUAUCCACACCCCAUUCCAGGGGGACGAUCUGCUUGGGCAAACUCAGAUAUAAACCUGCGGCAGAUAAUGACAAUGUUUCCUCACAGUCCUGACAACACAUUUUUGGGCUUUGUUGUCGAUAUUCCUCCAAAGCCAGUUCCUAAUGUUGAGGAAGCUAAAGGAAAGCCAAUUGGUUUGGUUUACGGUAAAGAAGCAAGAUUUUGGGAGGGGAAAAGAGAGUACUUGGAUCUUUUAAAUAAAUAUUUUGAGCUCCACGCAACACUUGGGGAUUAUGGACUAAUGACAGGAGCAAGCAAUAUACCCAAGUAUGUGGUAAACCAUGGCUUGCUUAAACAAGCAGAUUUGAAAAAGCUGCUUAAAAAAGCAAAGGUUUUUAUUGGACUUGGUUUUCCUUAUGAGGGACCUGCUCCACUGGAAGCUAUUGCUCAUGGCUGUAUCUUCCUAAAUGCAAAGCUUGAUCCACCCCACAAUAGACUGAAUACCUACUUCUUCAAACUAAAGCCAACUUUCAGAGCACUGACUUCUCARCACCCUUAUGCUGAGGACUUUAUUGGGGAGCCCUAUGUUUUUACUGUCGACAUAUCAAAUAUGACAGCUGUGAAG